UGACAGGAGCAGAGGGAAACAGGGAGGGGGAGAUCUCCCUCGUGAUACCGUCUCCAUUACGGCCUAUAGCGAGAGGAGAGAGAGAGAGAGAGAGUAACGCCAACAAAAAGACAGAGGAGGACGCACAGACGCCCAACCAAAUCCCUCCUACUUCUCCAGACGACUCUCUCUCGCUCUCUCACUUGUUCCUGCUUUUAAGCGACUCCUUCUUUUCUCAGAGGAGGAGAGCUUGGAGGUCGGGAGAAAUGGCGUGCGGCGAGGAUAAGGAGCAGAAGCAGGAUCCUCGCAUUGAAGGAAUAGCCGCUUCCAUCCGCGUCGUCCCCGACUUCCCCAAGAAAGGAAUCAUGUUCCAAGACAUCACUACCCUGUUGCUCGACCCGAAAACGUUCAAGAACACGGUGGACUUGUUUGUGGAGCGGUACCUGGGCAAAGACAUCUCCGUCGUCGCCGGAAUCGAGGCUAGAGGCUUCAUAUUUGGUCCCCCAAUUGCUUUAGCAAUUGGUGCUAAAUUUAUUCCCUUGAGGAAGCCACGAAAGUUGCCAGGUGAAGUCAUUUCAGAAAAGUAUGUUCUGGAAUAUGGAACCGAUUGUCUUGAAAUGCAUGUCGGAGCAGUUCAACCUGGUGACCAUGCUUUGGUUGUUGAUGAUCUGAUAGCGACUGGGGGAACACUUUGUGCUGCCAUGAACUUACUUGAGCGUGCUGGUGCCGAGGUGGUUGAAUGUGCAUGUGUUAUUGAACUUCCAGAACUCAAGGGUCGCGAAAAGCUAAAUGGUAAGCCAUUAUACAUACUGGUGGAGUCCCGUUGAUGCUCCUGUCUGCUAUCAAAUUGCCAGAGCAGAGUUCACGCAUGUUGUACAUUAGAGGAUUCGUUCUCCACUCUCAUUAGUUGAAGCUGGCAUCUGUUCUCUUCAUGGCAGUAAAUUUUGAUUGGUUUAUGCCUUGGCUUCCUUCUUAUGUUCCUCGUUCUCAACUUAUCGUUAGGACUUUGGAUUCAUUCAAAAUAACUAUUUGUUAUUCCACAAGUUUCAAACUCAUUAUGAUUUCUAUUAUCGAUUCUUCAUCAAUGGAAACCAUGAAUUGACCACUACAA